AUGUUCACCACUGCUGCGCAAUUACUAGAUAUGACUGAUAAAAAACUCAUGGUCGCCCUCCGCGACGGCAGAAAACUAAUCGGUGUCCUCCGCAGCUGGGACCAAUUCGCAAACCUCGUCCUCCAAUCCACAGUCGAGCGCGUCUUCCCAGGACUCUACGCCGACAUCCCCAAAGGCAUCUUCCUAGUGAGAGGCGAAAAUGUGUUGUUGCUGGGAGAGAUCGAUUUAGAUAAAGACGAUGAUCCCCCGCCGGGAUAUGAGAAGGCGGAGGCGGAAGUGGUGCAUAAGCUUGCGAAGGAGAGGCAGGCUAAGGAGUCUCAGAUUGAGAAGGUUAGGUUGGGGAAGUUGAAAGAACUGGGAUUUGAGGGGGAGAAUACUGGGGAGGCGCUCAUCUGA